AUGUCUAUCGCUGAUCUCUAAAAUGAGAUCAUUCCCGAGGUUAACACUCAUUCAGUACAAACUGAUGGAACCACUAUUAUCGCUGUGAAGUACGACGGAGGUAUCCUUCUUGGUGCUGAUGGUAGAUCUGCCAAUAAUAUGUAUGUUGGUAACAAAGUUUCAGAUAAGCUUGAACCUAUUCAUUAAAGAAUCUAUUGUCAAAGAUCAGGUACUUCAUCUCACACAAGCACCAUUGCCAGAUAUGUUAGAUAUUACAUGGAAAUCUAAGCUAAUGAGCUAGGUAACUUACCUCCAGUUGAAUCAGCUGCCCAAGUUAUGAGAGAAAUCAUCUAUAGCAAUAAGAAUUCCCUAUCAGCUUCAAUGAUCUGCAGUGGUUGGGACCCAUAUAAGGGAUAUCAAAUUUAUCAAGUUAACUCAUCAGGCUACUUUGAGCAAGGUAACUGGGCUCUGAGCGGUUCAGGAGGUACCUUUAUCUGGGGUUAUAUCGAUGCUAACUACCGUGAGAAUAUGACUAGAGCUGAGUGCAAAGAAUUCAUCAAAAGCUGUAUUGCCCUCGCUUGUUACAGAGAUUCCUCUUCUGGUGGAUGUAUCAGACUUCUCGAUAUUACUUAGGAUAGAGUUGAAAGAGAUUACGUUCAAUAUGAUGAUUUCAAAAUUAAGUGA